AUGGACUUGAAACAUGUGUGUGAAGCUAAAGACGACAACUCGUAUGAGGAGUCCAGUAGCGUGUUAUUGGCAUCAAGCGAUGCUUCUAGACAUAAAGUUGAAAGAAUAGAAGAAAAGGGCACAGCUGUAGUAGAAGGCAUCAAAAGCAAUAAUCUGGUGAAAAAGCAUGAGGUAGUGAGUCAUGAUUCAUCAUCUGGUCUCGACGGUAAUGAAACAGCAUCGGACGACGCUAGUUCUAGUACACCCUUCACCAUGAAAACUAUAGAUGACCUGGAACAGAUUCCCAAAGAUAACUUCCAUCGCUACUGUUAUAGACAUAAUCCAGAUGUAACGUGUAACAAAUUACCUGACGAGAUUAAAAUGAAGAGUAUUCAGGAGCUGUUGGAUAAACUUCCUGCAAAGACGCAGGAUGCAAUAUCUCGAGUCUGGUCAGGUUUCAGUGCUGUACCGGUACAACACAGGAAUCUCGUUUUGCAGGGAUUAUUAACACAAUGUUGCUUUCCUCAGCUUUCUUUUAUAAGCCAGGAAGUUAGUAAUCUGAUUCGAAUUGAUUUUAUUGCUACGCUUCCCAUGGAAGUUUCUUUAAAGAUAUUAUGUUAUUUGGAUUGCAGGUCGUUGUGUAAUGCAGCUCAAGUGUCAAGAAAGUGGAAAACUUUAGCAGACGACAAUAGGGUUUGGCAUCACAUGUGUGAGCAGCAUAUAGAUCGUAAAUGUCCAAAUUGUGGCUGGGGGCUUCCAUUGAUGCUUAUGAAAAGAGCAAGAGAAUUUCCAAGUGAGGAAAUUAAGCCUUUGAAGAGGAGGCUUGAAGGGGCCCUCGAUGCAAAAGACUCUUCUGAAGUUGAAUCUGAGUUGAAAAAAAUAAAACUUAAUCAAGAAGAAAGAUUGAAGGUUCAAAAGCAAUUGACGAAGAGGCCAUGGAAAUCGAUUUAUUCGGAGAGGUAUACCUUGGAGAAAAACUGGAGGAAAGGUAUCUAUAGCACUCAAACAUUGACAGGUCACACUGGUGGUGUUACUUGUUUGAAAUUUAAUAGAAGAUAUUUAAUGACUGGUUCAAGUGAUAGAACUGUUAAAUUAUGGAAGGUGGAUACUGGAGAAUGCUUGAGGACUUUAACGGGCCAUACAGGGGGUGUCAAAACGCUUGUUUUUGAUUCCCAAAAAUUGAUUACUGGUGGUUUAGAUUCAACUAUCAAAGUUUGGAAUUAUCAUACCGGACAGUGUAUAUCGACUUACAGAGGACAUGAUGAUGCUGUCUUGUCAGUUGAUUUUUCUAAUAAAACUAUUGUAUCCGGCUCAGCUGAUCAAACUAUUAAAGUAUGGCAUGUUGAUUCAAGGACUUGCUUCACUUUGAGAGGUCAUUCUGGUUUUGUGAAUUGUGUGAAAAUACAUCCCGCUUCAAAUACUGUUUUCAGUGCUUCUGACGAUUCUUUUGCAAGAAUGUGGGAUUUGGAAAACAAUCAAUGUUUAAGAGUAUUUGGGGGUGUGGAGAACAAUGGUCAUAUUCGUCAAGUCGAAUACGUGAUUCCCUUCACUUAUCAUGAUAAAUUAAUUGAAGAUGAACUAGGUGAGACCGAAACAUUGGGAACUUCUGCUUCUGCUGCUUCUGCUACCGCUGCUUCUGCUACUGCAAAUGAAUCAGGUGAUAUCAAUAAGACACCGUUGCCAGACAAUCCAAAUAUGCCAACUCACUUGCUAACUUCGUCAUUGGACAACACUAUAAAGAUUUGGGAAGUGCAAUCUGGUAAGUGUGUACGUACUCAAUUUGGUCACAUAGAAGGUGUUUCAUCAAUAAGUGCUGACACUUUCAGAAUUAUUAGCGGCGCAAAGGAUAAACUUAUUAAAGUGUGGGAUUUGCAAGAUGGAAAAUGUUUAUACACGUUCAGCAAUAGUGCUCCAGUUAAUUGCGUAGCACUCAGUGAUGCUAAAUUUGCGGCUGGGUUGGAAAAUGGAGCGGUAAAGUUAUUCCGCUUUGAUUAA